UUUCUAUAAAAUAUGCAAGAAGUGAAAGUAUUAGAUGGCGGAUUUUCUACACAAUUAGGAACUUAUGUGGGUGAUACAAUAGAUGGUGAUCCUUUAUGGACUGCACGAUUUCUUGUUACACAUCCUGAAGCUGUUGUUUCUACACAUUUGGAUUUUUUAAAAGCUGGAGCAGAUAUAAUUGUGACAAAUACUUAUCAAGUAUCCAUUGAUGGUUUUUCAAAAUACAUGAAUAUCCCAGAAGAAGAAAGUCUUAAUUUGGUUUGUAAAGCUGUAGACUAUGCCAAAAAAGCUGUAAAUUUAUACAAAAAAUGCAUAGAAAAUGAAGAAAAUAUUGUGAAUGCAAAUCCAUUGAUUGCGGGAUCUGUUGGACCAUAUGGGGCCUGUUUACACGAUGGCUCAGAAUAUAGUGGCAAAUAUUGUUCAACCGUCACAGAAGAAAUUCUCGUGAAUUGGCACAGGCCACGUGUUCAAAAAUUAGUAGACAGUGGUGUUCAUAUGUUAGCAAUGGAAACAAUUCCAUGUGGAAAAGAAGCAAAAGCAUUAGUUAAAUUAUUAAAAGAAUUUCCAAGUAGCAAAGCUUGGAUAUCUUUUUCAUGUUGUAAUGAUGGCAAAAGUAUAGUUGAUGGCUCUAAUUUUCAAGAUGUUGCAAUACAGUGUUAUAAAGAAGCCUUGCCAGGACAAAUUUUAGCAAUUGGAGUAAAUUGUAUUGCACCACAAAAUGUAACGUCUUUGAUAAAGGGAAUAAACAAAAAUCGGGAACAAGAACAGGUGCCAUUGGUAGUAUAUCCUAAUAGUGGUGAAAAAUAUACAGUAGAAAGGGGUUGGAUGAAAACAGAAGAAGGAUAUUCUUUACACCAAUUCAUACCUGAGUGGCUCAAUUUAGGAGUUCGAUACAUAGGUGGAUGUUGUAGAACAAAUUCUGUGGAUGUGAAGAAAAUACAAGAAGAGGUAGAGAAAUGGAAAAAUGCAUAA